AUGCCCGGUCAAGACCGACGCAGGUCGCCGGAUGCUGGAGAGAGUAAGAACUUGAGUCAACUGCUACAGCUGAUUAACACACCUGCCAGUAAACAACAGUUGCCAUCAUUGGAGUUGAAGCCAUGUCAGUCAGAGAAGUACCUGCCCUGGCCCCUCCCACACCCAAAGUCAGGGGCCCACCAGGGCAAAUCCUCCGAAGCUGUAGCACUGGAAAAAUUCAGUCAAAAAUAUCAGUCGGAGAGGAAUUUUUGCAAGCACACUCACCAUAAAUGGUUUUCAUCGCUGUUUUCAGCACUGGUGAAGCAGAGGUUAUGUUGCGCGGCAUGGAUAGGGCGUGCUCCCCCAGAGAACAUAUUGUUACUUGUUACAUGUUUGAGAAUACUGAUGAGGGAUCAUGCCUUCCAUCGACAAUUUUUCGAUCUGGGAGGUCUCAAAGUGCUUGCAGAACAUUUCCGGAAGGCUGCAGACAGCUACCUAAUGGAUGAUCGGAGUCCAUAUGUUGUGGACAUCCUGAAAGAGAUGACUAAUAUCUUCCAGAAGUUAUCUGCCGUAGUGUCACAAAGGACAUGGCUGGUAGAGUACGAUGUUCAUGCUGCAUUGGUGAUGCUGUUACAUGCUACAGAUGUGGUAGUGUUACAUUGUUCUCUACAUGCCCUGUACGGCCUGGCUCAAAGUGAAGGACCACGUAAAGUUAUAGGCGAAUCAAACUCAAUAGAACAGUUGUUAUUGAUUGUGCAAGAGUAUGAUAAUCUGGCAAAGAGGUUAGCAGCCCAGUUGCUGAAGUUACUUUGUCACGAUUGUCAAAGUCGAGAGAUGGUGAAGUUGUAUGAUGGAAUUCCUAUUCUGCUGAGUCAACUCCACUUUGAUAAUGUGCACCUUCUCCUCCCUGUUGUAUGGUGUCUAGUUCAGCUUUGUGAAGACCCAAAUGCAAGCAAGGAGAUAAAGCAAAUGGGAGGCAUUCCACUUCUCUUGUCCCUUCUACAUGACCGGACGUUCGUGACAGAGAGGACAGAAACAAGUGAAGGAGCUGCCAGUGCUGGUCCACAUGGCAGAACAGUAGAUGAUGCAAUAUGGGAAACUAUUCCCUCCGAAAUGAAAGAUCCAGCCUCCAAGGCGGAAGAGCUCAUGGAACAACAGUAUUCUUUAAAAACAGCCUGCUGUGCGGCGCUGACAGAACUAGUCAUGAAUGAUGCUAAUGCCUCUGAGAUAGCCCAGGCUAAUGGAAUCUACUCCUUAGGACUUCUCAUCUUACCCCCAUCCAAGGACUGUGGUGACAAGGAGCGUAAAGGCAUCGUUAAUCUACAGAGAAGUGCCUUCAGGACACUGAGGUUCCUCUUCAGUAUGGAGAGAAACAGGAAGUUGUUUAAAUUGCUGUUCCCGCCUCAGCUGUUUGAGAAGUUUAUCAGUGUCGGCCAUUACAAUCGAGACCUUAAGGCCUACAUGCCCUUGGUGGAUGCUAUCAAUGGUCUCCCUGGUGCUAAAGUUGAGGAGAUAAAAAAUAAUAUUCUGGAGACCAACCAUAACAAGACCCCAAGUCGCCAUAUUGGAGAGUAUGAUGUGUUUGAUAUGCUAGGCAAGGGUGCUUUUGGCUCGGUGUAUAAGGUCAAGAAAAGGACUGCUGGUCAGUCCUUCCUGGCCCUGAAGGAGGUAAACAUAGACAAUCCUGCUUUUGGUAAUACCAUCACAGACCAGAAACAGAGUGUUGGCGAACUGAUGAAUGAAAUCUCCAUCAUAAGGGAGCAGAUGAAGCAUCCUAACAUUGUCAGAUACCACAAAACAUUUAUGGAACAUGAGAGACUAUACAUUGUCAUGGAGCUGAUAGAGGGUGCCCCUCUAGCGGAACACAUUAAUUCUCUAAAGGAGAAACGGGAGAAAUUUCCUGAGGAACGUAUCUGGAACAUAUUUAUGCAGAUGGUGUUAGCUCUGCGCUACCUACACAAAGAGAAAGGAAUACUACACAGGGACCUGACGCCCAACAAUAUUAUGCUGGGAGACAGUGAUGAUAAAGUCACAAUAACUGACUUUGGACUGGCAAAGCAGAAGAGGACAGACUGUAGCAGGAUGACCAGCGUGGUCGGUACGAUCCUCUACUGGUGCCCAGAGAUUGUCCAGAACCAGCCGUAUGGGGAGAAGGCAGAUGUGUGGGCGCUUGGUUGUAUCCUCUACCAGAUGUGUACCCUUAAGCCUCCGUUCUUCUGUGAUAAUAUGUUAUCACUAGUCACCAAGAUUGUGGAUGCCAAUUUUGCCCCUAUACCAGAAGGACAGUACUCGGACAGACUCAUUAACAUGAUCAACAGCUGUAUCUGUCAGUCCACCGAGAAACGACCAGACAUUGUACAGCUUGCUGGAAUGAUGGCAGACAAACUUCUCGUCCACAUGGACAGUCUGCGCACAAACCAAAUCUCCAUGGAGAAGAAACUUGAGAAAGAGCGGACAAAGGCCCAGAGACACUAUUUUGAAGCCAACCAGAACAUGCAGAAUUAUCACCGUCUGUUCCUGGUAUCCAAGGAACGAUAUGAUCGCCUUGCUAACCUGGCUGGGAGUGGAGGAGCUGCAGGACUGAAGAAUGGGGAAGUAAUUGACCCAUCACUGGUGGACAUUGAUAUUAAUUCCUUGGCAGGCUCUGUGUGCAUGCCUACUUCUAUAGACAUGGACAUUGACCGUGGCACAGGUUGGACGAGUGAUGACGAGAGUUACCCCAGCAGUGGCAGUGAGAGUCGAGAGAGUAGUGCAGGAAGUACCCGCUCUCAGAACCAUGCUAACCUUCGUAAGGCACUGCCCAAACCACCGACCACUCCUAAACAGUUGCGGAAGGACCGGCCAUCUCGUAGUACUGUUGCCUUUUACAGUCCACUAGUACUUGACAUCCCAAAUACACCAAAGACAAGUCGUGACUCGGGGUUCAGUUCAGGUGAUCCUUCACCUAACAACAGUAGUGCCUGCAGCAGUGUCGGGCCGCUGGACCCUAUCACCAAUGGUCCCUUACAGGCUGCUGGCUGUCGUAAAUUCUCUCGCUCUAACAGCACUCCCUCUUCCAGCUCACCGGCCCGUAAAAAGAAACACAGCAAGCGACCAAAUAGUGCUAACACACCAACACUGACCAUAUCACAGCGUCGUGUACGUCAAAUCAGUGACCCAAUUUUGCAGAUGUUACAUCAGCUCCACAAAAUUAUCUACAUAUCCCAGCUACCUCCCACAUUGUGUCCUGAUGCCAAGCGGAGGAGAAUUGAACGGUACAAAAGAACCCUUUUUGCUCCUCAGAGUACAACAUUUAAUCUUAAAAGUGAAUUGAAAAAGUUAAUGUCGGGAUCAAGGGAGAUAAUUGAUUUUAAUCUUGGUCCUUCGGAUUCCAAGCGCACUGGAUCUGCAGGUUCUACCAAGUCUUUGGAGACUGAAACGGGCAAUGGAGUUGAAACAGACAUAUUACGAAAUAGCCAAUGGGAGGCAGAUCCCAAAGAUGGCAGUAUCACAUACGAACAGCUACAUAAUAUGAUAGAAAGCACUCUUCUUUCCUGUGGGUACUACAACAUGUCACCUAACGCACACGAAAAACACCCUCCAUUGGGACCAAUCAGUGUGGACCUAACAAACAGUCGAAAGUAUGAAACGCCAAGGUAG